AUGAUGUUUGAAGCUCUGCUAGCUAGAUAUGAAGUGCGCCAUAGGACUUCUCUACCUUACCAUCCACAAAGUAAUGGCCAAGCUGAGAUUCCCAAUUGGGAAAUUAAGCUGAUACUGGAGAAAAUAGUGCAAAGAUUGAGGAAGGAUUGGUCAAGGAAACUAGAUGAUGCAUUGUGGGCUUAUAGAAUAGCAUUCAAAACACCUAUCGGAAUGUCACCGUAUAGGUUGGUGUAUGUAAAAGCCUCUCAUCUGCCGGUGGAGUUGGAGCAUAAGGCCUAUAGGGCAAUGAAGACCCUGAACAUGGAUUUAGCAGCUGCAGGAGAGAAGAGACUGUUACAAUUAGAUGAGUUGGAAGAAUUCAGAAACGAAGCAUAUGAGAAUGCAAAGAUAUACAAGGAAAGGACAAAGAAAUGGCAUGAUAACAAUCUAUUUAGGAAGAAAUUUCAACCCGAGCAGCAGGUCUUACUUUUGAACUCAAGGUUGAAACUUUUUCCUGACAAAUUGAAUUCAAGAUUGUCGGGAUCGUUUAAGGUGGUCAAGAGAGCAAGGGCAAGUGAAGAGGGUGGUUCAUCAUCCAAUCCUUCUUGGGCCAAUCCAAGGCAAUCUUUUGACAGGACCCAAUUUGUAAGUGAAGCGGCUCAAGAACGGUUCCUUAAGUUGAAGGAUAUGCGCUACAUUGAGACGCCAACCAAGGCUUGA